AUGGCCUUGCAAAACGACGUUGACGAGGUGAUUGAGUUUCUUCUUUCGCCUUUCAAGGAAAUUACGAGCAAGGCGCUCGAGGCAUUUGACAGCGCCGACAACGAUGACGGGAAAAUUCGCACGACAGCAGAGGCCUUGUCGCGGGAGGGCCGGCGGGCGCUCAAUCGUCUGGAGCCGCUGUGCGAGAAGGUAUAUAGGCAGCAUGGCACGACUUUCACCAGCUCCAUCAAGUCAAAUGACUCUAUCAAUGCGCAUUUGAUGGAGCUUACAGACCUUCUCUGGGAUUUUGACGACUACCUUACCGUCGACACGUUUGAUGAGCAGAGAUACACGGAAUUGCUGCUUGCAUGCCGCAGCGCCGCUCCAAAGAUUCACAACGAAAUUGUCCGGACACACCUUGAGCUUCUCUCGAAACUUUCUGAUUCCAGCUCAUCACCCCACACGCUGCCCGAGUCGCCGACCACGGCUCACUUUGAUCCCGCGACACCCGUGUCCCCCACCUUUGCGGUAGAAAUCGAGGCCGAUGGGACCCUGUCCAUGUCCCCCGGAGGUCGCAUGGCAUUCGACCAGGCCAUGAUCGCCGGUGUCGUCCCUACCGGGUACCGCAUAUCCGUAGAUCCCAACGCAAAGACGGGUGUCGCGUCUCACAGCGCGGGCGGCGGCGGGGGCCGGGACAUCCUUUCGUGGCCGCUUCCCACGCGGCCAUUCUCUGGGGAGCUGUCGGAGGGCAGCCGUAGCUCGCAAAGCUGGCAGCCCGUGUCGGAUAAGCGAAGCGCACAGGAUGCGUUGGCGCUCGGCGUCACGGGCACUCAGCUCCCUCCGCCGCCAGCGAGAGCUCUUCCGCCUACGCCAUCAAUGCGACCGCCAUCCGAGAAGUGCAAGAUUGACGAGUUUAGCUCUUUCAACCGAUACAAGGGAUUUUGCUCGGGUGCCAAAGCCAUCAUCAAAGGGGAAAGUGGCGUGAAGCAGAAGCAGAGGCCUGUGCAUAGGACCUUGUCUCGUGUGGUCGCAAAAUGUACUGGUUGCUCAUCUGAGCUGGACAACGAGCACAUCGUAAAUGACCGGGCUAGUCGAGAAAGCGGCAGCAUGACGACAUGCGGCAUUCAUUACCGUCUUCGAUUUCUACAGAAAAGCCAUCUUGCCGUGAAGCGACGUGACGACCGAUUGUACGCCUGCAUGUUCUGCGUCAAAACUGGCUACACCUUGGAGGAGAACGACGCGACCGUCUUCUUCUCGGCUGUGGACCUCAUCACGCACAUUUCGCGCCACGACCGGCCGCUGCCUGUAAUUACGGGCAUCACAGUGGUGUACGGUGCCGACGUACCGUCGCGACUUGCGCACAACUACGACCUGCACUUUCGGGAGGCGGCAGCCGCGAACGACUCGGGCAACCGCCCAGCGACGGCAAUCAGAGCAGAGCGCAAGUCCAGCACCACAGACGGCGCGGGGCUGGUCGACGCCGAGACCAUCAGCAACCAGCCGACCGGAGUCGUGGUCAAGGAGGUCCGGCCGGACGAGACGCCGCGCGGGGCGGGCAGCGACAUGAUCGUGGGCCGCCACCGCACCGAGGAGCUGCAGGUGGCGGCGGGCGCAAAGCUCACGGGCAUCAAGUGGCCGCCGCAGUACAACGGGCGCAAGGUGUUUGCCUGGCACAACGGCAACUUUGCGUCGGUGGCGUCCGAGCUGGUGCAGCUCACAGUGCCGCCCGGCGGGCAGUCGCUCGCGCGCAGCGUCAGCAAGACUCCGAAAUAUCAGCUGGGAACAUCCGGAUCACUGGUGCUGGUGCGGCGAGAGCAGUCGCGGUGA